AUGGGCAUCUGUGAGAGCCCCAGCCACAUUGUGGUCCUGAUGCAGGGAAGAGAUGAAGCUGGAGGAUCUCUUCUGUGCAACAUCGCUUUCCUGUGUUCCAAUGCUGUGCUAGUCACACUUUUCAUUCCUAUAACUAAUGCACAAAGAACCGGUCCCUGGCCACGAUUGCCACCACUGGCCAGGCUGCUUCCACAGGACCGCACGGGGUCACAUCACGGGUUUAGGAGAACCCCCCCACACUUUUGCCACCUGUGGCCUGGGGGCUUCUGCAAGAAGGAGCAGAGAGUGGUCACACAGCGAGUCUGGUGUCCCUCACCUCUGCAGCCUCUGCCGCUGUCCCGGGCUAGACUGCUUCCGCAGGCCACUGCCCUGGGCUACAUCCGGGGGGCUAGAGCAGAGCAGUUGGCUGCCCGAGCGUGUGAGGGCCUUCAUGCGGGUUCUGAGUUCCUGUACUCUCCCGGUCAGCACCGGCUCUUGGGAAUCUUCUGGAAGCCUCAGACCCUUGUGGCUCUGUGGUCCCCGGUGGGUCCCCAGCCAGGCCGCCUGGCGGCUCGGCAGGGCCGCAGCCACAGAUUUCAUGCACUCAGAAAACCCUGCUGUUCUGAAGAGGGCACCGCCAGGAAAGGUGAAGUUGAACCACCUCAUUCAAGGUUGAGGCAGCAGUACAGCAGCAUUCACAUGCGGAGUAGAGUUUCCAAGUCUGGGGAUGCAGGGCUGAAUUUGCAGCAGGGGUGUAUACUUGAGAAGCUAAGAAUUUGCUCGAUGCCCAGAUUUCGUCAAUUUGCACUACAUCUACUGCCAAUAUGGAAGGACCCUAGAGUGGUGGUGACCAACCUGCGAUUUGGGACAAUCCGUGUGAGGCUGUUCCAGCCGAAGGCAGUGUCCUCCUGCCCUCGUCGAGGCGUCAUCUUCUACCACGGAGGGGCUGCAGUGAUAGGCAGCCUGGAUGUGUACCACAACACAUGCAGUUUCAUGGCCCUGAAGACAGACUCAGUGGUGCUCUCAGUGGGGUACCGCAAGCUUCCUGACUACCACCACCCAGUCUCUUUCAGGGAUUGUCUGAAUGCCACCAUCCACUUCCUGAAGACACUAGAUACCUAUGGGGUGGACCCCUCCCGGGUUGUGGUCUCUGGAGACAGCUUUGGAGCUAUCAUUGUGGCAUUCGUCAGCCAGGCCUUGGUGGGCAGAACAGAUAUUCCAAAGCUCCGGGGUCAGAUCUUGGUUUACCCUGCUCUCCAGGGCAUCAAUUUGCAGUUACCAUCACAUCAACAGAACAAAAAUGUCCCAAUUCCCCUCACAGAAGUCAUGACAGUUUUAUGCCGUUAUUUUACAAUUGACCCCUCCUGGAAAGAUGCCUUGUUAAAAGGUGCUUGUGUUCCUCCCCAUAUCUGGGAGAAGUAUAAGAAAUGGUUGAGCGCUGACAAUCUCCCUGAAAGGUUCAGAUACAAGUACCAAGCAGAAUUUCCCACACUUUUUAAUGAGGAUGCCUAUCUGGAAACCAGACAUGCUUUUGAAGUAGAAUAUGUACCCCUCAUAGCUGAUGACCAGAUUAUUGCUCAGCUUCCUGGGGCUCUCAUAGUGACCUGUGAGUGGGACUCCUUCAGAGAUGAUGGCCUACUGUAUAAGAAGCGCUUGGAAGACCAAGGGGUCCCUGUGACCUGGUACCACGCAGAAGAUGGUUUUCAUGUGCUUGCCAUUUUUACUAAAAUUAUUUUCAAUUUCCCCUGUUGUGAGAAAGUUAUGUCUGCCAUAGUCAAAUACUUAAGGGAAAUAUGA